UCAAUUUCCCGCCUAAUGUGAAACGAGCAUCGUCAUCAUCUGCACGCCAUAGUGUAGCACAUCAAGCAUCUGCCCUUACAUCUUCGGCUCGACUUUCGGGCGCCAGACACAGAGAAGUCCACCGAAAGACGAUCAAGUCUAUGGCCAGGCGCUAUGUCAAGGCGAGAUGAUCCAGACCGCAUCGUCCUGGACUAUGGCGACUGUACCUUACGCAGGAGUGACAUCGAGACUGUUGCUGAAGGUCAAUGGAUCAACGAUGCCGUCAUCUCCUUUUAUUAUGAGCUGCUUACUUCCCAGCUCAAAAGUGAAGGAUCAGAAGGGGUGAUUACAUGUACUUUCUGGCAGCCGCCAGCGGUCGAGAUCCUGUGUAGCCUGGCGAAGGAAGAGCUCGGUCCACAAAGCUCUCCUCUCUUCCCAUCAGACUUAAGCAAAGACGCAUGCAUCGUCUUGCCUAUCAGUGAUCGCUACGAUGUGGCCCUCAAAGACAACGAUGGAGGCCGUGUUGUGGGCACGCAUUGGUCUCUCCUCGUCGUCAGGCGACUGGAUAAUCCGAAUGAAGAUGGAGCAACGAGGUGGAUCAGCACGCACUACGACUCUUCAAUGCCUUCAAGAAAUGUUUCUGCGGCAAGGGAGGUGUCACGGCGUUUGCAACUGCUUGCUGGGGAGGACAUUGGAAGACGAGAAGCGGACGUUUCGGAGAAUGCCAGUCUUCCCCGGCAAGAAGGAGCAUCUGACUGCGGCCUCUACCCACUGCUCAUAGCAGACGGAAUCGCUCGCCAUCAACAGGCUCUCUAUGGAAGCGACAAGACCAACUUCUCCUUGACAGCACCGCAAGAUCUCUUCGACGAGAGCAUCAGGCAAUUGACGCCCUCGUUGGUGCGCAGCUUUCGUCUGUCGCUGUAUGCUUGGCUACUGCGGUGGGCUUCAGAGGAAGACAAGGGAGAAACAAAAGCGGCUUCAGGUGCCUUUGAACACAUCGAGCAGGCCCCCGAGCAUAUACCAAGACACUUCCCUUGACAGCAGAGCGAAGCAGGCUCAAAAUCAGCCAAAGGCU